GUUGUCGUGAAUGAUUGGCUGUGGCUUAGGUGAGACCCAGCACUGCCCUCACCCCCGUCACAUUUUGCUUGCACGCAACCGAAUCACGAGUAUAAACUUCGCCUCCACUGCUGCCUGUUGUAUUUCAUAAAAAGACUAAGUGAAGCUGUUUCUGAGGGCACGCUCAUUUCGUCGCGCACAAUCUUCCUACUUUGGUCGUCGAUCGGAGUUAGAGUUAUGGCCCCCAAUCCGCCAUUCCCAAGAGGCUCUGCACUCGAUAAGCAGAGCUUAGAAAUCAUCGACUACAUACCCGACCACCCUUCCAUAACCUUACAACAGGACCAUGUUCGGAUGUUUCUCGAGGCCGAGCUGGCCACCAAGAUUCUGGACAGGAUGUAUGAAUGGUUAUGGUUAUGUGCAACCAAGGACAGCACCCGCAUUGAUACACUUCACGAGCACGUCCUUAAAGGUAGGACAGUGCUAGUGACCGAGGACCCAGCCCUACAUCUGGUGUGGUUCAACGACAGUAUUUGCGUAAAGCCUAUGCCAUUAGCAUUGAUGAAUCACGAUUUCUGGACACGAUUCUUGGCCGCACAAGACGAAGACGAGAAGACUGGGCAGGACGCAUCCAUGUUCGAUCCGAAGGUCGCACUGGGCUUUUUACGAUCAUAUGGUCGAAUCAUAAAGCAUCGAUCAGACCUGGCCAUUGCCAUUGAGAAAGGAUUGUUGCCAAAGGACUUUGAAUGGCUGGACUGGGAGCGUUUCAUCGGAGGGACCCGUACCAUCGAAGACCACGAAGUCGCGAGGCGGUAUCACUUUGGCCAAUUCCGUCUAAGCAGGCUGAACCUGCUCAUCCGUUUUGUUCGUCCUCGCGACAGAGAUGACCGUGGCAACAACAGACACUAUUAUACAAUGUAUUGGUCUACAGCCGCAUAUUUGCGACAAUUCGUUGAAGCAGGGCUCUUUGUCUUUGCUUCAAUAUCGUUGAUAUUGUCUGCUAUGCAAGUCGUUCUGAGUCUGCCUGGCGAACCGGAUACACGCGUCUGGAUUCGAAACUCAUCCGAUAUGUCAUUGGCUUUCUGGGGAUUCUGUGUUAUGGUUCUCGUGGGUUUAGCUUUGAGCUGGUUGUUACUGCUGGGAGGACCUGUUUUCUACAUGACGGCGCAACAAAUUUUCGGUUAUCAGAAGAAGCGGCUGUUUGAUCGUAAGAACCAGAACCUAGCGGAUAACAAGAUUGAGAAUGAGCAAGCGUAAAGAACGCUGGGGAGACGACACUACCGCAUCGCAUAGCCUCUAACACAUCACAUAUGCUAGGCUCCGUGAGGCAGUUGAGUCCUGUUGACUGAUAGUUAGAAGUAGGGCGUGGGGGUUCAACAAGUGGGAUGCGCCGCAUUUAAUCAGGCUCCAAAACCUAAUUAGCAGAGCCUCUUAAUUCAAUUAUCAAAUGGACAG